AGAACACAAAUAGCUCUCAUCGUGUAAUUUAGUAUUUCAAUGGAUGAGAAGACAAAAAAUAAUCAAAUUCAACAAUUCAAAUCAUGGAUUGAUCAAGAAAAAUUGCUAAAGGAAAUUGACGAUAUUCUACUCGAACGUUAUCUUAAAGUGUAUGACAAUUUGGAAAAGGCUCAAGAUUUAUUAAAAUUUAAUUUGACCCUUAGAAAAAGUGGACCUCAUUUGUUCACUAAUCGAGAUGUGCUUUCAAGCGAAUUUCAAUCGGCUAAGCGAACAUUCCAAUUUUGUCCACUUCCCAAACUUACAAGUGAAAAUCAUAAAGUUACAAUAAUCAGACUUGUCGAUUUGGAUCAUAAUGUAUUCGACUAUGUUCAAACUGUUAAAAUGGUUUUGAUGUGCUUUGACGUUAGAUUUAUUAUGUACGAUGACUAUGAUAAAACAAUUGCUUCAGGCGAAAGAUUUGUUAUUGAUACGACUGGAUUGAGUUUUAGACACUUUUUGAAAAUUGCCACGAAUAUCUCAACUGUUCGCCUUUACAUGCGAUUCCUUCAAGAAGCAAUUCCAUUCAACAUCAAGCAAUUACAUUUCAUCAGCAGUUCAUCUGUUUUUGACAAAAUGUUUUCAUUAUUACGUCCUUUUUUAAAAAAAGAAUUAAUAGAAAUCAUGAAUAUUCAUACUGAAGGAAUCCAAUCAUUACAUAAACAUUUUGACAAAGAUGUUUUACCGUCAGAGUAUGGUGGAGAUCUUGGACCUAUUAAAGACAUUCAUGAAGUUUUUAUGGAAAAGGUUUUAGCGAAAAGGGAUUACGUUAUCAAUGAUGAUAAUUGGAAAAUGCUUAAUUGA